AUGGGGUCACACGACACAGAGAGCGUGCAAUGGCGAUGCAAAACAAAAGAGAAAAGAGUGAGGGUGAUGGGGGUGAAGGUGGUGAACACUGAAGGCGAAGGAGAUGACGAAGCUUUGCUGGGGGGCUGCAACCAAAUUUGGGCAGCGGGCACGGUAGGAACAAACUGGCAGGUCUGGAAGGAGCAGCCAGAGCGAAAGCUUGGAGGAGGUGGAAGGGGCGCAGGACAACUGGGGACAGGUGUGGAGGCCUGA